CUGAGCACGAACGAACGAAGGACUCGGAAGAAACCAAACCGAGCCUGUGUCGUGUUCUCUGCAUCGGGAGAAAAUCCACUCGAGGAGGCGACUGAACUGAACACAUACAGCGUUGUUCGCAGGCAGGCAGUGUGCUGUGCACAUUCUCAUUCUCUGUUUGCACGUUUGAGUGCACGACUGACUUUUGAUGCACAGACAGAGACACACUGGACGGUCUUUUGUGCUCGCCGAGUAGUUCUAUUGCGUUUUAUUUGUGGAGGUAGAGCCUCUAGACUAGAGCUCUAGUCUGUGACACGCCAAGAAAUCAAAAGAAGAGGAGAGGAGGGCGCGGAAGUUUCUAGACGAGAGCUCUGUGCGUUUGUUUGUUGCCGUGGGUCGUGGCUCGUGCAGGGAUGUCCCAGGACGCGAGACCCACGUUCUACCGACAGGAGUUGAACAAGACGAUAUGGGAGGUACCGGAGCGCUACCAGAACCUGUCUCCAGUGGGCUCGGGGGCAUACGGAACCGUCUGCUCUGCGUACGACGUGAAGACGGGUCUGAAGGUGGCGGUGAAGAAGUUGUCGAGACCGUUCCAGUCCAUGAUCCACGCCAAGAGGACGUACCGGGAACUACGCCUGCUGAAACACAUGAAGCAUGAAAACGUAAUCGGUCUGCUUGAUGUCUUCACUCCAUCUCUGAGUCUGAAGGAGUUUAAUGACGUUUACCUGGUAACGCACCUGAUGGGGGCGGACCUUAACAACAUCGUCAAAUGCCAGAAGCUGACGGAUGACCACGUGCAGUUCCUGAUCUACCAGAUACUCAGGGGACUCAAGUACAUCCACUCUGCAGACAUCAUCCACAGAGAUUUGAAGCCCAGUAAUUUGGCAGUAAACGAAGACUGUGAACUCAAGAUCCUUGAUUUCGGUCUUGCUCGCCAUACGGAUGAUGAGAUGACGGGUUACGUAGCGACGCGUUGGUACCGGGCCCCCGAGAUCAUGCUCAACUGGAUGCACUACAACAUGACAGUGGACAUCUGGUCUGUGGGCUGCAUCAUGGCGGAGCUGCUGACCGGCCGAACUCUCUUCCCCGGCACCGACCAUAUUAAUCAGCUUCAGCAGAUUAUGCGUCUGACGGGGACGCCUCCCAAGUCCCUUCUCAACAGGAUGCCGAGCGCCGAGGCUAGGAACUUCAUCAAGUCUCUGCCCACGAUGCCCAAGAGGAACUUUGCUGAUGUUUUCAUUGGUGCCAACCCACAGGCGGUGGACCUGCUUGAGCGGAUGCUGGUUCUGGAUACGGAUGUUCGGAUCACGGCGGCGGAGGCGCUAGAACACGACUACUUCUCGCAGUACCACGACCCGGAGGACGAACCCGAAUCACUCCCCUACGACCAGAGCUUCGAGAGCAGAGAACUCGAGAUCGAGGAGUGGAAACGUCUGACCUAUGAGGAGAUUGUGAGCUUCGUGCCGCCACCACUAGACGAGGACGAGAUGGAGUCUUGAGGAGAGCACACACACACACACACACACACACACACACACACACACA